GGCUCGUUGGUUCAUAUGGUCUUAAAAGCUGCGAUAGAGCUCAAUGUGUUAGAGAUGCUGGAUAAAGCUGGCCCAGGAAAACAACUGUCAGCAAUAGAGAUUGCUGCUCAGCUUCCUACACAAAACCCAGAUGCCCCUGAUAUGCUUGAUCGUAUGUUACGUCUCUUGGCUAGUUAUUCCAUACUCACUUAUUCCCAAAUCACUACUGAAGAUGAUCGUGUUCAAACGCUCUACGGUUUAGCCCCUGUUUCCAAACACUUAGUUCCAAACCAAGAUGGGGUUUCAUUUGCUCCUUUGCUCCUCAUGGUUCAUCACAAGGCUUUCAUCGAUAGCUGGUAUCACUUGAAAGAUGCAGUUCUUGAAGGAGGAAUUCCAUUUAACAAGGCUCAUGGAAUGCAAAUCUAUGAGUACCUUGGUAUGGAUCCAAAGUUUAAUGAAAUUUUCAACAAAACAAUGCUUAACCUCUCCAUAUCAGUCAUGAAGGGAAUACUUGAAAUUUAUGGUGGGUUUGAGAAGGCCAAUGUGGUGGUUGAUGUGGGUGGUGGAUUAGGGGAAAAUAUUGAUUUGAUCACUUCUAAGUACCCUAUGAUUAAGGGUAUUAACUUUGAUUUGCCACAUGUGAUAGCUGCUGCUCCUGCUUAUACUGGGGUGGAGCAUGUUGCAGGAGAUAUGUUUUUGGGUGUUCCAAAAGGGGACAUCAUCUUAUUGAAGAUGAUACUUCAUAACUGGAGUGAUAACCAUUGCCUGAAGUUAUUGAAGAAUUGCUAUGAAGCACUACCAGAAGAUGGAAAGGUGAUCGUUGUCGAGACACUUCUUUCACCAGUGCCUGAAACUAAUUUGCUAGCCAAAGAAGCCUUUCGAACAGACUUACUCAUGAUGACUCAACACAUUGGAGGAAAGGAGAGAACAGAGAAGGAUUAUAGGGCCUUGGCAAUGGAUGCUGGGUUUAAUGGUUGUAGACUAAUUUCUCGUGUUUUUGUCUCCUCUGUCCUGGAAUUCCAUAAGACGAUUUGAUAUAUUUCUAUC